CGGAAACCAUGACUUUUGCUGCUUUCCUUUUCUGCUCAGUCCCACCCGAAAUCAUACGAACCUUAGCGACCGGGUUUCAGGUGGCAGUGCGGAAGGAAGUCUGCCUUUUCGUCGUGGGUCCAGACAUUAAACUCACGGAACCUAAAUUUUUACCGCAGAAGCAGAAAAACAGGCCGUCGUUGCCUCCAGAAAAAGACAUUAACUGAUGUACUAAACCCCGGUCGGACCUGCGGGAUAUUUUUUACUUUCUCUAACAGCGUGGAGACAAGACUGUGGUUCAGUUUAUAUCUGAGGUUCCGAAGGCACCUUUGUGAACAGGUGUCAUGAGCCGGGAGCUGAGCGUGCAGAUGGGCUCCCCGGUCCCCGGGGUCUCUGAGCCGCCGCCUCCUGACAACGGGGGCAUGGACUACAGGGACUGGGUGCGGCGCAGCUACCUGGAGCUGGUCAGCUCCAACCACCACUCAGUCCAGGCCCUGUCCUGGAGGAAGCUCUACCUGAGCCGGGCCAAGCUGAAGGCCAGCAGCCGCACCUCCGCCCUGCUCUCUGGCUUCGCAAUGGUGGCCAUGGUGGAGGUGGAGCUGGAUUUGAAGUACAGCUACCCCCGAGAGCUGCUCAUCUCCUUCGCCGUGUGCACCACGGUGCUGGUGGCCGUUCACCUCUUCGCCCUGCUCAUCAGCACCUGCAUCCUGCCCAACGUGGAGGCCGUCAGCAACAUCCACAACCUCAACUCGGUCAGCGAGUCGCCGCACGAGCGCAUGCACCACUACAUCGAGCUGGCCUGGGGGUUCUCCACGGCGCUGGGCAUCCUGCUGUUCCUGGCCGAGGUCGUGCUCCUCUGCUGGAUCAAGUUCCUGCCCGUCGACCGUGAAUCCAAGGACGACGCCAAGGAAUGUCCAACCAGCCCCCCCAGCGUUCCGCCGAGCGACAGAGGCGGCUGGCAGGCGGCGCUGGCUUCCACCAUCAUCAUGGUCCCGGUGGGAAUCAUCUUCCUCAUCUUCACCAUCCAUUUCUAUCGCUCCCUGGUGGGCCACAAGACGGAGCGCCACCACCAGGAGAUUGAGGAACUGCACAAGAUCAAGGUGCAGCUGGACGGCCAGGAGAGAGGCCUGCAGACGGUGUGAUGACCUGACGCACAGCGGCGCUACAGACUCCACCAUGUUGGAUAUUUAUAGAGCUGGGCCUCAGACUGCCAAGUUCUUCUGAAGGGGAACGAUUUGGGAAUGCUGGCCCGAUCUGCAGACCUGUUGAGGUCAAAACUAUAAAAAGUUUACAGACGACAAAAAGGGCUAUUCCGUACCAAAAUGCACUUUGCCUCUGAUUUACAACGGUAGCUUCAUUUGGAAAUGAGCAACUUCCUGUUUUCAUUUCUUUUUAUCAGUGGAAUAUUCUGGAUUUGACUUGCAGCUUCUGUUCGAACCAACCUGGUUUUCACGCUCAGCCAAAGAGAGUUCUCAUUUAGUCAGGUGGGUUUUUAGUUGGAUUCAUAAUCUGUGAUGAAAAAGUGAUGCCAAAGCUCCUGGCAGGUUUCCAUUCAGAAACAAUGUUACAUUUCCAUAGUGUCCAAAAUGACGGCGCCCUCUAGGGACAUGGAGGAGUUUUUAUCUUUUGCGAUCUCUUCUAAUAGUAUCGCAGCAUAUUAGGGCCAUUGUAAAUGGAAAUAAAUUGAGUAAAUUUAUGCCAAAACAUUUAGAAAUUUUGAGAUUAAUAUCAGAAAUUUUCAGAAAAAAAACAUAAAAAUUUCCAAGUUUCAAAAACAUACCUGUUCAUUGUGUGUGUAACUUUUAAUUAUUUAUUUAUUUGCACGCACAGCUUACUGACUUUAGAAAGUGAAUAUUUCCAGAAGGAAAAUAUUUUUUAUUUUUAAAACUCAGAAAUCUCCAAAAUUUUGUAGAAAAUCUGUCAGAUUCAUCUUUACAUUUCUGAGUUUUCUCUUUCAAAUUUUUUGGACUUUUUAAUUUAAAAAAAUGUUCACAUUUUUUUCUACAAAAUGUUUGAGAUUAUUCUAAGAAUAUCGCUGUGUUUUUGGACAUUUGCUCUUGUUUUUUUUUUCUGUCUACGUCACUAACACGCCAUCAUACAGUAAUGUAUUUAUUACUCGUUUCAUGCAGCAACUUGAAAAGACUUUCUGCUACAACUAGUAAGACAUUUACUUGAAUGUUAAUGCCUCCUUUGAGAUCUCUGAAGUUUUUAAUAUAUUUUUUUCUUUAAGACAGAAACACUUCAAACUUCUGUACAAAAUGCCAGAAUAAAACAGGUCAAUAAAGGAUAAACGCAACAGAAACUUUCAGUGAUGGUUCUCUUUGGUAACCAUCUAACUGUAAGGGUUCUGGUUCUGCACACCGCAGGUAGUUACAGUUGUGUCUCAAUAAAUUAGAUUAUGAUGGAAAAAUGACAUUUAAAAACAAAUGUAAAACAAUUUCACGCUAAAAAAAAGGGGUUUAUUUUUGCUCAUUUUGUUGAUUCCUGCUUACAAAGAAUGAAAACCUAAAGUUCUGUUUCUCAAAAUUCAAAUAUCAACUUCGGCUUUUUCGUACCAGAUCUGAUUACUGAUUAAAUUUUUUUUAUUUAUAUUUUUGGUUUCUUUUCUAAAAAAAUUAAUUGUAAAUGACAGUAAAUAAUUUCGUAUCCAGCUGGUUGAUUUUAUUUCAAUCAUUCCUUCUGGGUUAUAUGAGAAUUUUUUGUUUAAUUACAAGAAUAUAGCUAUAAUACUAGCAGAAUAAGGCCGUAAUUUUACCCAAACGUCUUAAAAUUAUGAGAAAAAAGUUUUUAUAAUUUCUUUAUUUUCAAGCAUGAAGUGCUCUAAAGCUGCCUUGUAGUUGACUCUGGUUUUGGAGUGGUUUAGACAAAAAACAAUGCAAAAAACCAUAGCCCAACAUCCAGUCUUUUUCCUUCUGCGUAAUUUUACUUCAACUUGCUUGCAUGAAGCAGUCUUUGAACCACCAUCUUCCUUAUCAGGAAGGUCUGAUGUGAUAUUUAAAGUUUUUAGAAAUCGACUUGUGGGUUUUUAUUGACUGUAAAUCACAAUCGUCAAAGUUAGAGAAAUGAAUGUGGGUUGUGAAUAAUUUAGUUUCAUUUUUUAUUAUUUUUUUUCCAUUGUCUGAAAAUGAAAUGUUUUCUUUCUGUUCGCUCAUCAUCAGUUGAGUGUUUCUCUUCUGGUUCUGCAAAGUGACUGAUUCAGAGCAGAUUAGUUUAAAUAACUUGAAAAGAUUCAUUAACUUUUCCACAGCUGACUGACUUUACUGUGCUUUUAUAGUUUCUGAAAGUUUCUUCUGUUGCCUGUUACAAAAGGAAACAAACCUGCCUGGAUGCCAUUUGAAACACUUCAAUGUCUGAACUUGUUCCUAUUGCCUUACAGAAUAACUGCCUUGAGUUUGCUGGAUAAACAGUUUAUAUUUUAUUUUAUUUCAUUUUUUUAAAGGAACAUGAACCAAAUUGUCACAUUCCAAAAAAAAAAAAAAAGACCAAAGUGCGGUUCAGUUCAUUUUUAUUUACUUAUUUUUUGUUCUCAGAAGAAAAAAAAGUGCACUUUUUCUAUUUGUCUGUUCUGUCAUAAGUCAUAAGUAACUUGAUUCUUUUGUUUCAUGUCUGUGGGCCCUGCUGGGUUCUGCAGAGAUCCCGGGUCAGAACCUGGAAUGUACCACUCAAUAAAACUAAGGUCAAUGUUUU